UCCGGCCGGUCACGUGAUUGCAGUCUAGCGCGCUCGGCGCACUGCGGCUCGCGCCCCGGCGAGUUCUCGCCUGCGCGCGGCCGUUGCCGCGGAGACGGCGCAUGUCUCCCGGGGCUCGUAGCCCCUUCUGCAGUCCCCCCUCCCCUCUUCUCCCACCACAAUGAGAUCCUAAGAUGGCGGUGGCUGCGGCGGUUGGCGCCGACUGGCUGAGAUAGGAAAGGCGGCCAUUGGGCCCGCGGCAGCCAGGGAACUUGAGGACUGCCCCUGCUGCGGUCUCCAGGGGAGGACCGCGGUCGGUGGCGGGUUGCGGGGGCUGACCGUUACUCCGCCCUUGGCAGGAGCGGCUGCUUCGUUUACAGCAGACCACAGUUUUGAAGUGUGAAGCAGAAAAAGAGCUGUUUCUGAGCUGCAAAAACUAGUUUCCAAGCAGAAAAUUGUUAAAGCCAGUAUGGCCACAGGAGGAGGUCCUUUUGAAGAAGGCAUGAAUGAUCAGGAUUUACCAAACUGGAGCAAUGAGAGUGUUGACGACCGACUCAACAACAUGGAUUGGGGUGGCCAGCAGAAGAAGGCAAAUAGAUCGUCAGAAAAGAAUAAGAAAAAGUUUGGUGUGGAAGGUGAUAAGAGGGUAACCAAUGACAUUUCUCCGGAGUCAUCACCAGGAGUUGGAAGGCGAAGAACAAAGACCCCACAUACGUUUCCGCACAGUAGGUACAUGACCCAGAUGUCUGUUCCAGAGCAGGCAGAAUUGGAGAAGCUGAAACAGCGGAUAAACUUCAGUGAUUUAGACCAGAGAAGCAUUGGAAGUGAUUCUCAAGGCAGAGCAACAGCCGCCAACAACAAACGUCAGCUAAGCGAGACCCGAAAGCCCUUCAACUUUCUGCCUAUGCAGAUCAAUACUAACAAGAGCAAAGAUGCUGCCACAAGUCCGCAGAAGAGAGAGGUGACUGGCUCGGCACAGUGUAAAGAGCUGUUUGCUUCUGCGUUAAGUAAUGACCUUUUGCAAAACUGUCAAGUCUCUGAAGAAGAUGGGAGAGGAGAGCCUGCGAUGGAGAGCAGCCAGGUUGUAAGCAGGCUUGUUCAGAUCCGUGACUAUAUUACUAAAGCUAGUUCCAUGAGGGAGGAUCUCGUAGAAAAAAAUGAAAGAUCUGCUAAUGUUGAGCGUCUUACUCAUCUAAUAGAUCACCUUAAAGAACAAGAAAAGUCGUAUAUGAAAUUUCUCCAAAAGAUCCUUGCUAGAGAAAAUGAGGAGGAGGAUGUUCGAAGUAUAGAUUCAGCUGUGGGAUCUGGUUCUGCAGCUGAGAGCACAUCCCUAAACAUGGAUGUGCAGUCUGAGGCUUCAGACACCCCGGCCAGAGAUCCUCAGCAGGAGCCUAUGGAAGAGAUAGAAAAUUUGAAGAAACAACAUGAUUUAUUAAAAAGGAUGUUACAGCAGCAGGAACAGCUGCGAGCUCUGCAGGGAAGACAAGCCGCCCUUCUCGCUCUGCAGCAUAAAGCAGAGCAAGCUAUUGCUGUGAUGGAUGACUCUGAAAAGAUUGCAGGGACAGCUCCUGGCCAUCAUACUGUGCCGUGCAGACAGCCAGCCCGCCCUCCUUUUCAUCAGAGUGUACCCUUAAGAGAAACUACAGGUAGCCUGUCUGGAGUCAGUAUCACAUCUGAACUAAAUGAAGAAUUGAAUGAUUUAAUUCAGCGUUUUCAUAAUCAGCUUCGUGAUUCUCAGCCUCCAGCUGUUCCGGAUAAUAGAAGGCAGGCAGAAAGUCUUUCAUUAACUAGAGAGGUUUCCCAGAGCAGGAAUCCAUCAGUGUCAGAACAUUUACCUGAUGAGAAAGUCCAACUUUUCAGCAAAAUGAGAGUGUUACAGGAAAAGAAGCAAAAAAUGGACAAACUGCUUGGAGAACUUCAUACACUUCGAGAUCAGCAUCUGAAUAAUUCAUCAUUUGUGCCUUCAUCAGCCUCUCCACAAAGGAGCGUGGAUCAAAGAGGUACACCCGCAGCCCCAGCGGCUGCUGUGUGCUUAGCGCCAGUCACCAACGGAGAGCCCAGUAGCCUCGCGCCGGCGCUUCCUCACCCUGCGGCUCCCCUGGCUUCUCAGAAUGAGAGUGAAAAUGAAGGCCAUCUAAAUCCAACAGAAAAACUCCAGAAGUUAAAUGAAGUUCGAAAGAGAUUGAAUGAACUAAGAGAAUUAGUUCAUUAUUAUGAACAAACCUCAGAUAUGAUGACAGAUGCUGUAAAUGAAAACACGAAAGAUGAAGAAACUGAAGAGUCAGAAUAUGAUUCUGAGCAUGAAAAUUCUGAACCUGUUACUAACAUUCUGAAUCCACAAGUAGCUGCCACCAGGAAUGAAGUAAAUAGUAUUUCUAACGCACAGUGUGUUUCUAAUAAUAGAGAUGGAAGAUCAGUUAAUUCUAAUUGUGAGAUUAACAACAGAUCUGCCGCCAACAUAAGAGCUUUAAACAUGCCUCCUUCUUUAGAUUGUCGAUAUAAUAGAGAAGGAGAACAGGGGAUUCAUGUUGCACAAGGUGAAGAUGAUGAAGAGGAAGAUGAAGCAGAAGAUGAAGGAGCCAGUGGAGCUUCAUUAUCUAGUCAUAGGAGCAGUGUGGUUGAUGAGGCUCCAGAAGAUGCUGAAUUUGAACAGAAGAUCAGUAGACUUAUGGUUGCAAAACAGAAGCUUAGGCAGUUACAAGAUCUUGUUGCUAUGGUACAGGAUGAUGAUGCAACAGAUCAAGGAGCUGUCUCUGCCAGUACUUCAAAUUUGGAUGAUUUCUACCCAGCAGAAGAAGACACUAAACAGAAUGCGAAUAACACUAGAGGAAAUGCCAAUAAAACACAGAAAGACGCUGGAGUAAAUGAAAAGGCAAGAGAGAAAUUUUAUGAGGCUAAACUACAGCAGCAACAGAGAGAGCUCAAACAGUUGCAGGAAGAAAGAAAGAAACUGAUUAAGAUUCAAGAGAAAAUUCAAGCAUUGCAAAAGGCAUGUCCUGACCUACAGCUGUCAGCUACUAGUGCGAGUAAUUGUCCCACAAAAAAAUAUAUGCCAGCUGUCACUUCAACCCCAACUGUUAAUGAAAAUGAAACCAAUACAAGCAAAUCUGUUUUUGAGCCUGAAGUUUCUUCAGUAGUAGAUAAUGAGCUGUGGUCAGAGAUGCGAAGACAUGAAAUUUUAAGGGAGGAGCUGCGGCAGAGGAGAAAGCAGCUCGAAGCUCUGAUGGCCGAACAUCAGAGGAGGCAAGGUCUGGCUGAAGCGACAUCUCCAGUGGCUGCCUCCCUGAGAAGUGACGGGUCCGAGAACCUGUGUACUCCUCAGCAAAGCAGGACAGAAAAAACAAUGGCAACUUGGGGUGGUUCUGCCCAGUGCGCGCUGGAUGAAGAAGGAGAUGAAGAUGGUUACCUUUCUGAAGGAGUUGUUCGGACAGAUGAAGAGGAAGAAGAAGAACAAGAUUCCAGCUCCAAUGAUAACUUUUCUGUGUAUCCUCCUAACAGCAUGAAUCAUAACUCUUACAAUGUAAAGGAAACUAAAAAUAGGUGGAAGAACAAUCGCCCUUUUUCAGCAGAUGGAAAUUACCGUCCAUUAGCCAAGACAAGACAACAAAAUGUCAGCAUGCAACGUCAGGAAAACCUCCGCUGGGUGUCAGAACUCUCGUAUGUAGAAGAGAAAGAACAGUGGCAAGAACAAAUUAAUCAGCUGAAGAAACAACUUGAUUUCAGUGUCAGUAUUUGUCAGACUUUGAUGCAAGACCAGCAGGCUCUAUCUUGUCUGCUCCAAACUCUUCUCACGGGUCCUUACAGUGUUAUGCCCAGCAAUGUCGCAUCUCCUCAAGUACACCUUAUAAUGCACCAGUUGAACCAGUGCUAUACUCAGCUAACGUGGCAACAGAAUAAUGUGCAGAGGUUGAAACAAAUGCUAAAUGAACUUAUGCGCCAACAAAAUCAGCAUCCAGAAAAACCUGGAAGCAAGGAAAGAGGCAGUAGUGCAUCACACCCUCCGUCUCCCAGUUUGUUUUGUCCUUUCAGCUUUCCAGCACAGCCUGUGAAUCUGUUUAACCUGCCUGGGUUUCCUCACUUUUCACCAUUUGCACCAGGUAUGAAUUUCAGCCCUUUAUUUCCUUCUAAUUUUGGAGAUUUUUCUCAGAAUAUUUCUACACCCACUGAACAACAGCAACCAUUAGCCCAGAAUUCUUCUGGGAAAACAGAAUAUAUGGCUUUUCCAAAACCUUUUGAAAGUAGUUCUUCUAUUGGAGCAGAGAAACAAAGGAAUCAAAAGCCUGAAGAGGAGGUGGAAAACAGUAGAACACCAUGGUUAUUUGACCAAGAAGAUGAAGUGGAAAAACCAUUCAUCAAGACUGGAUUUGCAGUUUCUGUAGAGAAAUCUACAAAUAGUAAUCGCAAAAAUCAAUCAGAUAGCAGCAGAAGGCGCCAGUUUGAUGAAGAGUCAUUAGAAAGCUUUAGCAGCAUGCCUGAUCCGGUAGAUCCGACCACCGUGUCGAAAACGUUCAAGGCAAGAAAAGCAUCUGCACAGGCCAGCCUGGCAUCUAAAGACAGAACUCCCAAAUCAAAGAGUAAGAAGAGGCAUUCUACUCAGCUGAAAAGCAGAAUUAAAAAUGUUGGGUAUGAAAGUGCCAGUAUGUCUAGCACAUGUGAACCUUGCAAAAAUAGGAACAGACAUUCAGCCCAGACUGAAGAGCCUGUUCAAGCAAAAGUAUUCAGCAGACAGAAUCAUGAACAGCUGGAAAAAAUAAUAAAAUGUAGUAGGUCUACAGAAAUAUCUUCAGAAACUGGGAGUGAUUUUUCCAUGUUCGAAGCUUUGCGGGAUACUAUUUAUUCUGAAGUAGCUACAUUAAUUUCUCAAAAUGAAUCUCGUCCCCAUUUUCUCAUUGAACUCUUCCAUGAGCUUCAGCUGCUUAAUACAGACUACUUAAGACAGAGGGCCUUAUAUGCGUUGCAGGACAUAGUAUCCACGCACAUUUCUGAGCACCAUGAAAAAGAAGGGGAAAAUGUAAAGGGAGCGAAUUCUGGUACUUGGAUAGCAUCAAACUCAGAACUUACUCCCAGUGAAAGCCUUGCUACUACUGAUGAUGAAACUUUUGAGAAGAACUUUGAGAGAGAAACACAUAAAAUAAGUGAGCAAAAUGAUGCUGAUAAUGCUAGUGUCCUGUCUGUAUCUUCAAAUUUUGAGCCUUUUGCAACAGAUGAUCUGGGUAACACUGUGAUCCACUUGGAUCAAGCACUAGCCAGAAUGAGGGAAUACGAACGAAUGAAAACCGAGGCUGAAAGUAGCGCAGACGUCAGGUGUACCUGCAGGGCUGUCGAGGGAGACAGUGGGGCCGCGACUGCUGUUAACCAGGUAGAAGAAACUCCUGUUACUGAAAAUCAUAGUUCACAGCAAUCUGCAAGUGAGAUUUCUACUGUCCCGUGUCCUAGAAUUGAUACUCAGCAGCUAGACAGACAAAUUAAAGCAAUUAUGAAAGAAGUCAUUCCAUUUUUAAAGGAGCACAUGGAUGAAGUAUGUACUCCUCAGCUUCUAACUUCAGUGAGACGCAUGGUGUUGACCCUAACCCAGCAAAAUGAUGAGAGCAAAGAGUUUGUGAAGUUCUUCCAUAAACAACUUGGAAGUAUAUUACAGGAUUCUCUGGCAAAAUUUGCUGGCAGGAAACUGAAAGACUGUGGAGAAGAUCUUCUUGUAGAGAUUUCUGAAGUGUUGUUUAAUGAGUUGGCUUUCUUUAAGCUCAUGCAAGAUUUGGAUAAUAAUAGCAUGACUGUUAAACAGAGAUGCAAAAGGAAAAUAGAAGCAGCCGGAGUGAUACAGUCUUAUGCCAAAGAGGCCAGAAGGGUUCUUGACGGAGAUCAUGGCUCGCCUGCUGCGGAAAUCGAUGAGGAAGAGAGAGACAAGGAUGAGACUGAAACGGUGCAGCCGAGUCAGACCCCUGAGGAGGGUGAUGGCGACCGCCCCAAGAGCGGGCGGUCUGACACUUCCGACCAGGAGGAGGAUGAAGAGAGCGAAGAGUGCCCGGUGUCGAUCAAUUUGUCCAAAGCUGAGACCCAAGCACUGACUAAUUAUGGAAGUGGAGAAGAUGAGAAUGAAGAUGAAGAAAUAGAAGAGUUUGAGGAGGGACCGGUAGAUGUUCAGACCUCGCUCCAGGCUAACCCAGAAGCUGCGGAGGAGAACGAGCAAGAGGACCAGGUUCUACACCAGGAGCUUGAAAAGUCAGCAGAAAGCAAAAAUGUCCAAUCAGAACAAGAACCUACUGCUAGUAAAGAUGAGCAGAACAGCACUCCUAUGAAACCACGUUACCUCAAUAUUUUGGAAAAUGAGCAACCUCUAAAUGGUACUGCCCAAAAGGACUUGCCUGCGACCACGGAGUCAUCCAGACAGCCCACUACUUUGCCGCUACCUUUAACUGAAAUUGAAACCUUGGUGCCUAGAGUCAAAGAAAUUAAAUCUGCUCAGGAAACUCCUGAGAGCUCCCUGGCCGGAAGUUCUGAUACCGACUCUCCGGUGUUAGUGAAUGACUAUGAAGCAGAAUCUGGUAAUAUAAGUCAGAAAUCAGAUGAGGAAGACUUCGUGAAAGUUGAAGAUUUACCACUUAAACUGACAAUAUAUUCAGAGGCAGAUCUAAGGAAGAAAAUGGUACAAGAAGAACAGAAAAACCAUUUACCUGCUGAAAUAUGUGAAAUGCAGACUGAAGAAUUAGUUGGGAAUUCUCAGACACUGAAAGAACCUGAAACAGUGGGAGCCCAGAGCACAUGAGAUGUCUUCAGAGGCUCAUCUAACUCUCUCUUUACAUAGUCAAUGCAUAUAUGAAAAUGGUUCUAAAUAAACAUCUGUUUUGAUCUGUAUAAAAA